AUGCGUUUCUCCGCUGUUGCCGUUGCCGCUCUCGCAACCCAGGCUGCCGCCUGGAGGCCCGGCCGUCCCUCUGGUUCCUGGGGCUGGGGUAACUACGGCGGCAACUGGGGCGCCGUGACCUCCACUAUCACCGUUCCGGCCCCCACUGGCGUCCCUGCCGCGACCUCCGUCCCGGCCGUGACCCCGACCCCUGUCGCAGCCCCCACCGAGGAGGCUGUCACCCCCGUCUCCACAACUGCUGCCUCCAGCGGCUCGUCCGGACUGACCGCCGACCAGAAGGCCGCUCUCGAUGCCCACAACGCUGCCCGCACCGACGUCGGCGUUCCGGCUCUCGAAUGGGACAACUCUCUCGCUGCCGAUGCUCAGGAAUGGGCCACCCACUUGCUCUCCGUUGGCUCCCUGACACACUCUCAGACCGACAACCAGGGCGAGAACCUGUACAUGCAGUCCAACAAGGACAGCCCCUACGUCAACGCCGCCGAUGCCUGGAUCUCGGAGAAGUCCCAGUACAAUGGCGAGGCCAUCAGCUCCACCAACUACAUGGGCUUCGGUCACUACACCCAGAUUGUUUGGAAGAGCACCACCAAGGUUGGCAUGGCGAUUGCCACCAACUCUCAGGGCACCUACGUCGUCGCCCGCUACUCUCCCCCUGGCAACUACAUCGGCGAGAAGCCUUACUAA